GAGGAGCCGCUGAGGAGGCCGGAAACGACCGCUUUUGAUUCCCUCCCUCCCCCGCAGUGCCUUCAUGAAGUUAGAAGAUGGCAGUGAUGGGGAUUGCUUGCCAAAAUGCUCCAGUCCCAGCCAGUGGGCCCCCGAAGGAGCUGGCUGUGGCUAAGGGGCCUCAGGAGAUGGUGACCAAGAAAAAGAGCAGUGUUUGCAAAGUCGAGGAUCUGGAGAAGGAAGUGCUUCAAGGGCCAUGGAAGAUUUUGAGUGACGUGAUCGCCAAAGGAACUGCCAAGGAAGACAGUGGGGAAGGGAGCUUGGCUUCAGUCUCCAUCAUUGCCCAGGCAGAAUGUGAGAACAGCCAAGAGUUCAGCCCCACGUUUUCCGGGAGGCCUUUUAUUGCUUGUAAACGAUACAGUCGGUCUUGCAGUUUUGAUCAGAUCCCUAACAAUGUGGCCCGUGCGACUGAGGGGAAAAUGGCUCCAGUCUAUCGGAGGGCUAUGCAUCGUGGCAAAGCCCGGAAGAAUCGGAAAAAGAAAAAGGCUCGCCUUAUGACACCAGCCACCCCAGCUCAGAAGCCAAGAACUCCAGAGCAGGAGAGCUGCGUGCCUGUCCCGGUGCAGGAGGACGACUCCCAGUUGGGCAGUUCAUGGCGUUUGGAGUCAUGCAAGGGUUUGGCCUGUGAGUUUGAGCCUUCUGACAAACCCAGCUGUGUUCUCCCUCCUGGCCAGCGGCACUUGCUGAAAGACAAUGGCAAGCUAGAACUGUACAAGCUGAUCAGCCCUGCUCAGUGCCUGGACCAUGUCUGGAAGUGCCAUGCUCAGGACCAUUUUGUCCGUCCAUCAGAGAUCCUGGGCCUGCAUUACAGCAAGUUCCCCCCUUCUUCCCAUGACUGUGGUGACUGGCUUCCUGCCUUGAAAUUCGGCCCUCUGGGCACAUAUCUCUUUGAUGACCUUUCACGUGCUGAGGGUGAGCAUCACCUAUCGGGUCUGAGCCUGGAACAGAGCUUCUCCAAAUGCAGACAGCAGUCCUCCAAAGCCACUUCAGACAAGCUUUCUGUGGAUGAAUUCCUGGUGGAUGCAUUGAAGGGAAGCGUCAUUCUUGGAGAGCCGAGAAACUUGGCUGGCUUGGCCAAGACUUGGAAAGGAGGCGGAUCAGGUUCUAAGGAGUGGCUUCAGGAGACAGAUGAGAAUGAAGGUGUGCUGCUUAUAGAGAAACUCAAAGCAGUGGACUAUGAAUACCGUGAAGAGGUUCACUGGUCCAAGUGCCAGGGUUUGCUUGGCAUGGGAUCUUUUGGGGAGGUGUACAAAGUCAAGGACAAGCAGACAGGCUUUCAGUGUGCAGCCAAAAAGGUGCGAGUUGAACACUUUCGUGCAGAAGAGUUGACGACGUGCACCGGAGUGACCCAUGCCAAAAUCCUCCCCUUGUAUGGAGCAGUGAAGGAAGGCCCAUGGGUUACUGUUUUCAUAGAGCUAAUGGAAGGUGGGUCGCUUGGUCAGCUGCUUAAGCAGUGUGGUUACUUGCCAGAGGACAGAGCCCUGGAUUAUCUGGCUCAAGUGCUAGAAGGCUUGGCGUACCUUCACACUCGUAAUGUUCUCCAUGGCGAUGUAAAAGCCGACAAUGUCCUGUUAUCCAGUGACAGAAGCCAUGCUGUUCUCUGUGAUUUUGGCCAUGCGGCUCACCUUCAUCCGGAUGGCAUUGGGAAGUGUUUGGUGACAGGGGAUUACAUUCCUGGCACAGAGACCCACCUGGCCCCUGAGGUGGUGAUGGGAAAGCCAUGUGACUCGAAGGUGGAUGUCUGGAGUAGCUGCUGCAUGAUGCUGCAUCUGCUGAAUGGGCAUCAUCCUUGGACCCGAUACUUCAAUCAUCCUCUGUGCCUCAAGAUAGCCAAAGAACCACCCCCCCUGAGGGAAAUCCCGCCCUCCUGUCACCCAUUUACUGUGGAUGUGAUUGAGGCAGGCCUGCAGAAGGAGCCCCAGAAGCGGGCCAGUGCUGCAGAGUUGAGAAUGAAAGCUGCUGUGGCUCUGGAGCAGGUGGGAGGCCUGAAGAGCCCCUGGAGAGGAGAAUACAGAGAACCCAGACACCUCCAGUGGGCACAAGGCCACAGUCUUCCUGCGCACCCACAAACAGCCGGACUAACACCUGAGAUGCCUUUGAGCUCCAAGCUAUUUGACAGACGUCCCAGCUCACCACCUUAUCAUCAGGGGCUGGUAGAGAAGACCCUGAGUCCAUGCAAGGAAGGGUUGCAGCCCCAGCAUUCUACUCCACUCCACAUCAAGCGAGGUGGCUGGCGAGUCUGGCAAACUGCCACUUUGGAAAAGGAGUUCCAGCAGCUGGAACUUGAGCUGGUUCUGAACAGCCUGGCUCACCCCUUCUCUGUGGAAGAGCAGGAGCAAAUCCUCUCAGGCCUCCACCUGGACAGCCCUCUCCUUUCAGAUGCCAGUGAGAAGGACUCAAUGAAAGCAUCGUCUCUCAGCCUGAAGGAUACUAUGAGUUCUGGUGUGCAUUCAUGGAGCAGCCAGCCAAAUGGACAGAGCUACAGCUGGAACAGCUGGUUGCAUCGCAGCAGGCAGAUGGAAAUGCCCCUCUCCUUGGACGGUGUGAAAAUUGAGAUUCACUUGCUCAGUGGGGAAUCUCUCCAUAUCCGUGAAUUCCAUGGAGCCAAGGUGGGACACGUUGCAAUGGGAAUCAGCAGUCAGAUACCAGCCUCUGCGUUUAGCUUCUUCACCAAGGAAGGCCAGCCAGUUCACUGUGACAUGGAGGUCCCUGAUUCAGGCAUUGAGCUUCAGUGCAUUCUUGCUCCUGACUGCAGCUCUAGCUGGAAGUGGAGAGUCAGGCGGGGGCAGCUGGAGACCAGAUCCUGAGGGGGGGGCACCUUCUUACCCUUGUUUUGUGACUUUUUUCCUCCUGUAGCCAGGUGGGAUAACUGCAGGUAGAUCAGCACUUGAUGGUUGUGUGCAUGUGUGCACGCACACACACAUGCGUGGAUGGCAUGAAUUAGAAUUACAGGCUUAGUUCCUUGGGUCACCUUUUUGACUGCAUCUAGUCCACUUGUAUUGGAGAGAGCUUCUGAGAUCCAGAGAAGUUAAAUGUCUGAAACUGAUUUUAGGGAACUGGUCCAGUAAGCUUCUGGAAGGACAAAACAGCUCAGACAGGCAUCCAGUUUCCUAACUCCAACAUUGACUACUGGUCCCAAGGAAAUCCUGAAGACUUGAUAUGGAGAAAUUGGAAAACCACCUUCUCUCCUGGGAAUAGGAAACAGGAGGCCGAAAUCUGGUAGGUGAUGCAUCACUGUUCUUCAUGAGAUGUGGUUGGAGUGCUGGCCUUUGAGGGGUGCGAUACACAUUUCAAAUCUCUGCUCUCAAGUUCACUGGGUGAACUUGGGCUAGCUGCUGUCACAUAGCUGGACCUACAUCACAGGGUUGUUGUGAGGAUAUAAUAGAGGAAGUCAAAUAGGAAUCCUGAGCUAUUUGGAGGGUAGAUAGGCUCUCUGGCACUUGGUUUCCAAGCCAAGGAAUGCAAGCCAGACACUGCUCCUGCUGAUUGCAAGUAGGCCAUAGUAACUGUCUUAACUCUCAUUUGCUUCUGUGUGUCUGAGACUUGCCUUUCCUGGAGUGAAGCAGAUCCCAAAGUACUCUUGUGGAGACAUACCUAUGCAAUAAUCACGCAGCAAUAAAAAAAUACACGACAGUUCCCUUCCUUUGUGCUAGAGCACUGCAAGGGUCCAUGUACAUUUCUCUGUCAAGAAAAGUUGGCUGUAUUAAAAUACCUCUUUGU